UUCCGACACACUAAAGUCUAUCCUUUAUAAAACGCUUUUUAUUAACAACAAUUCGACUAAACUUGUUUUGUUUCUCUCUCGCCGCUCUCUCAAAAUUUAUAACUCGUUUGUAUACAUAAAUUUCAUACCAGUCGCUAUAGUGAGCACAUUCAGUCCAUUCUUUCCAUCGAUAUUGAACGUACGUAGAUAUUUAUAACAGUCAUAAAAGGAGAAGAAAAUUGUAGAAAAAGAUUCUUUUUAACAUUAUCAGCAAGGAAUUGAAGUGGAUUUUUUAAAAUUAUUGUGAAUUAUAGUAAAACAUAUGUAACAGAUAGUAUUUGAAUACAUAUCAUUAUUGCGGAAAAGUGUUGUUUCUCACUUUUUUCUCUCCUUUAUCAUAUCGAGUAUAAAAAAAAAGUUUUUGUCGCUAUCGAUUUUUUUCUCCGUUUCCUAUUAAACAGUUUUUUUUUGUUUUGUCAUGACAUUCUGAAUAAGAUACAAGUGAACAUUACUUCGACAAAGGCAAGUUAAGUAACUUAGCUCACAUAUGUAUAUGGAUAUUUUUAAAAAUAGUCAGUGUGUGAUAAGAUAUCUUUAGCAUUUCCACUGUAACUAAACACAACAAAAUUAUAUAUAAUAAAUAAAAAAUAAUCAGCAGUGAAAUAAAGAACUGAGAUUUUUUUAAAAUACAAUUUACUCGUGGUCGAGAGAAAUUACAGUUUUAUUAAUUUGUGUUCGACACUUAUUGUCAUUGUGAUUAUUAAUAAAUUAAUCAACAUCAAAUAAAAAGUUUAAUACAAUUGUGAGGAAAAAUAGUCUAUCAUAAUCAGUAAUUUCACACAUUUAUAAAUUGCAUUGAAGUAUGAAUCAAUACUAAUAAUUAACGAAGAGGUUUCACCUUAAGAAUAAUGUUAAUAAGAGGAGAAGAAAGCAACUCAUGAGUGCUAUAAAACUGUAAAAUCAACAUUUUACAACAUUUCGCCGAAGUGUAUAGGAAACAUAACAAAUAACUACGAAAGAGAAGGCAAAAAGCGAAAGAAGUAAAGCAAAGAGACUCAUCAUCAUCAUCAUCGAACUGGACGUGGCGAGUCGUUGAAGAAGAACAAUAAUAGACACACGAAACAGACAUACAAAAUAAAGACAUCUGAAAAUGACAUCGUGAAAAUCCAUCACAUCGUCGAUAGUUUCGAUAAAUCACAAUAUACAGUAGCAUAUCUUAAAUAAGUAAUAUCAUUUGCACAUAUCCCUAACUUAUAUAUAUAUAUAUCUGCAAUAAUAAAUCUCGACUGAAAAUCAUUCCUGAAGAGUAGACGAGCAGAGUCAAGACAUAAAAAAUGAUUUGUAGACGAAAAUCAUCACUUUUUAAAAUUCUCUUAGCCAUUCUCGCAAUAUGGUUCACAGUUGUGUUCUUUUUCUCUGAUAAUAACCGAUCAUCAGAUGCCAAUGUCAUACUAUCGCCACAAUUAUUACAACAACAUGAAGACCAUAAUGCCAAAUCAUAUGAUAAAUCAAAUAAAUUUAAAAAUUUCAUCAUUGAUAGUUAUAAAGAUGCACACGAAGGAAUUGCUAAUGCAAUUGUAAAUAAGAAAUUCCCACAAGUUAAUCCAUUCGAGAAACCGGAAGUUGAUGAGAAUGAUAUGAUUAAUGCAAUAGCUGGCGAGCAUGAAGAGGAAGUGAGAGAAGAGCAAGAACAGCGUGAGGAGAAACGACCAUCGACAAAGUCAAAACUUCCUUCAAAGAAGCGAUUCGGACAGAAGGAUGGUGAGGAUGUUGGCUUCAUCCCACCACCCAAUGAUUUAGGUUUAGAAAGUCCUGGCGAAUUGGGUAAGCCAGUGACAUUGCCAACUAAUUUAACUGCUGAUGUAAAAAAGAUGGUCGACGAGGGAUGGGUGAAAAAUGCAUUUAAUCAAUAUGUUUCUGAUCUCAUCAGUGUAAGACGUAGUCUUCCCGAUCCACGUACGAAAUGGUGUAAAGAGUCUGAGAAGGAUUAUAAUAAGGAUUUACCCCAAACAUCUGUGAUUGUUACAUUCCAUAAUGAAGCUUGGUCGACAUUACUUCGGACAGUUCAUUCAAUUUUAGACAGAUCACCAGAUCAUCUCAUAAAGGAAAUUAUUCUGGUUGAUGACUUCUCUGACAUGCCACAUUUGAGGAAGCAACUUGAGGAUUAUUUGCUCAAUUAUCCAAAAGUUAAAGUUUUGAGAGCCAAAAAACGUGAAGGUUUAAUUCGUGCUAGACUUUUAGGAGCUGUUGAGGCAACAGCACCGGUAUUGACAUUCUUAGAUUCGCAUAUUGAAUGCACAACGGGUUGGCUUGAGCCAUUACUAGAUAGAAUUGCAAAAAAUACAACAACAGUUGUUUGUCCUGUGAUUGACGUUAUUGACGAUACAACUCUUCAAUAUCAUUAUCAUGACUCAACGGGUGUUCAAGUCGGUGGAUUUGAUUGGAAUUUACAAUUCAAUUGGCAUCCUGUUCCUGAAUCGGAAAGAAAACGUCACAAAGAUCCAUCAGAGCCUGUAUUUUCACCGACUAUGGCUGGUGGAUUGUUCUCAAUCGAUAAAGUUUUCUUCGAACGUUUAGGAAUGUAUGAUCCAGACUUUGAUAUUUGGGGUGGUGAAAAUCUAGAGUUGAGUUUCAAGACAUGGAUGUGUGGCGGUACUCUUGAGAUUGUCCCAUGUUCUCAUGUCGGUCAUAUCUUUAGAAAGAGAUCACCUUACAAAUGGCGAACAGGUGUGAAUGUUUUAAGAAGGAAUUCUAUCAGAUUGGCAGAGGUAUGGAUGGACGAUUACUCAAAGUAUUAUUAUCAACGCAUUGGCUCAGACAAAGGUGACUUUGGCGACAUCAGCGACAGAGUAAAGUUGAGGACUGAUCUUCAAUGCAAGACUUUCCAAUGGUACCUCGAUACCAUCUUCCCAGAAUUGUUCAUUCCAGGUGAUGCAGCAGCACAAGGAGAGAUCAGAAAUAAUGCCUCAAAUACGUGUGUCGAUUCUGCUGUUAAGCCAGAUGAUUUACAAGGGCCGGUUGGUUUAUGGCCCUGUCAUAACCAGGGUGGCAAUCAGUACUGGAUGCUAUCGAAAACGGGUGAAAUUAGACGAGAUGAAGCGUGUCUGGAUUAUGCAGGUUCUGAUGUUAUUCUCUACCCUUGUCAUGGCGGAAAAGGCAAUCAGUUCUGGACAUAUCGUGCUGAUACAAAACAGCUUCAUCAUAAAUCAUCGGAUAGGUGUAUGGAAAUAAGCAGUGACCAUCAAAAGCUAUUCAUGUCAGAAUGUAGUCCUCAUAAAGAAGCUCAAAAAUGGUUGUUUGAAAACUACGAUCCUAGCAAAAUGCUGAUAUAAUCAAGGAUUCAAAUCUAAAAGGUUUAUUCUAUUUUUGAAUAUAGAUGUGAUAAAUUGAUAGGAGUGAAAAUGAGAGAUGAAACUUAAUUUUAUAUUAAUCAAUGCAAAAUGUUGAAAAACGAGGGUUGAGAGUUCUUUUACUUAUCAAAAAUUCAAGUCCUGUAAUUUUUCAAAUUAAUUACGUUCAUUAAUUUGAAAUUGUUAGGAUUUUACAUAAAAAGGAUAUUACAAUGUGGGGGUUGGUGGUUUUUUAUACAUGUUGAUGCUCAAUUGGAUCUAGUUGCGAAGAGUUGUAGUAUCUAAAGAUUAUUAAGGAUUCAAAUGGAAGCUGUUUAAGUCAAAAUCAUUAAAUUCGAGGACUUUCUACUAAUACAGAGGAUUCUCUAGAAUUUCUCGUACUUACAGUUAAAUAAUUCACAAAAAUGUUAUAUGUAGCCGUGCUAUGGUCCUGGAAAAUCCAAAAAAAAAAACAUCACAAUCAACCACAACCCCCCACGUCUACCCACUACCCCCUUUCCAACUGCCGACUUAGUCUUCAAAUAUAAACUGAUUAACUAAUGCAUAUUAUAUACAUAAAUUCAAACUUUUAUCAGGUAGUCAGUAGAAUUAAAGUGAUUUUUUUUCCAAUACAUUAUUAUGAUAUACAUAUACAUAAAUGAUGAUACACUAGAGAUAAUGCAUCAAAAAAUUAAAAAAAAAAAACACAAUUUAAUGUUUGCUCAACAAAUGAGAAUAAAAUUAAUUCAAGAUCGUACAAAUUUUUAUACAAAAAAAAAAAAAACUGAAAGAAAAAUUGUAGACAAAAAAGAAGAAAAUUUGCAAUGCACAUUUGCUGUGUUUUUGCUUUCAUUCUAUUCACAUUCUGUGUACUUUUGAGAGUUGAUGAAUGAGGAACACAAAGAAAAUUGUUAUUUACACAUAUCUAGAUAUCCGACUUCUUUUUCAUCUUUCCCAUUUUUUUUACUUCAUUAUAAGAGAUGAAAAAAUAGAAAUAAGAGAGGAACAACAGCAGCAAAUAGAGGAAAAAAGAGAAGCAAAAAGCAUUCCAUUUUUAUUUCACACAAAUGAUAAGUCUGAAAAGGAAAACAUUUGUUUUAUAAUCCUACAUGUUCAUGCUGAUUUCUUUACGUCUUCAUACAGGCAUAAGCAGUGUUGUUGAUCUAAAUGCCUGGGUUAGGUCAGAUUAUAUCUCAAUAAAGGAUAUUUUGGUCAGAGGUAAGCUGUUCGAGUUAGAUUCAAAUGUUGUAGGAACCUAGUCUAGUGUAGACGUCGAGGCAAGAGAACUAGCUUAGUUUCGAUCGUAGAAUUGUCUAAGUUUGGUCUAGAUCUAGCAGAGCUCGAAGUCGACUCGAGAUUUUUUAUCGAUUUCCUAUGAUGAAGUCAACUCCAAGUCGACUCGACUCCAUACAAAAUUUCGUCAAUUUCGAGCUCUGAGAUUUAGUCUAGGUUUGAUUUUGGUCAACUCCUGAGCUAGGUUGAACUCUGAAUAGCUAUGACUUAACUGACCUAAACUAUGAAAAGCUAGUAGCUACACCAUUAUUGAAUGAACAAGCAGUAAUAUUAAAUCCUUCCCUGGCAUAAAGCUAGAUUACCAACACUGCGCAUAAGUGAUAGUUUUUGUCUUAAUUUUGUAUUAUCUUUUUAUACGAAGCUUUCUCUUCAUUUGUGCCACUAAGAAUUUAAAUACUAUGAAUAUAGUCAAAGCAUUUUUUUAAAAUAAAAUAAAUAUAUAAUCAUGAUGGCUAUCAAAACUGAUUCACAUAAAAUGCAUAACAAAUUUUAUUUAUUCACAUGAAUAUGACUUUUAACAUUAUGCAUAUCCAUGAUUGUAUGAAUUUUUGAGAGGUUGAGUGCUUGAUAGAGGUCAAUUACCUUUUUUGGAUUGAAUAACAUGCAAUGAGUUUUGUGUUAAGCAUUGCAAAUGAUGAUGGAUGAAGUACAUUUUCAAGUCCCUUGGAGAGGAUGUAGUCACAAAAAUAGAAUUUUCAUAAGAGUUGAAAAAUUCAGUAACAAAUAGCUAAAUUGAAACAACUUCCUGUCAUGAGACAUAAUCCAGAUACAUUAACAUAACACAACUCGACUCGUUUCCAAGAAGGAUUUUGUUUAUAGAAUAAAUAUUUUCGCCCUGGGAGGGGAAAAAACAGUAAAAAAUUAUCAUACGACUGCUGUAGGGCUAGUAAUCGAUUGACCCACGCUUGAGUAAUUUUUAAGCACGUGCAUUAAAUGAUGUUAAAUUAUGUGUGUACGAUGUGUUUUUUCGUGGAAGCCAAAAUGUAUUGAAUUUAAUAUGAAUAUGAUUUCACUCCUCAUUACCUCAUAUAAUCGUGAUUAAGGUGACAAAAAUUGGAGAUGAUUAUAAUGAAAUUUCAUUGAUUUAGUCUAGUUAUUUUGAAUGAAUUGUGAAAUUCAUGGAUAAAAAUUUUAAAUGCAUAGAACCAAACGAUAGAGAGCUAGUUCUCGCUGCUAGGAACUGAUGGAAGUCUCUAGGAGCUAGUCUUCGUUAUUAGGAGCCAGAUUUGGUCCCUAAGAGUUUCGGACUUUGUUUCUAGAAGCUAAUAUUGGUUGAUAAAAGCAAGUCUUGGUUGAUAAGAGCGAGUCUUGGUCCAAAUUAGCUACUCUUUGUCUAUUGGAGCUAGUUCUAGUUCCUAUAAGCUAGUCUUGUUUUCUAGCAGCUAUAAUUGAUCGAUAUAAGCUAAUUUUGGAACCUAGAAGCUAGUCUUGAUUCAUUAUAAAACAGUUUAUAAGGCGUUAUUGCAGAUUCCAAUUAAAUGAUUGGCAAAUAUUCAAACUUCAAUUAUUGCCACCUGAAGAUAUGCAAAUCAACAAAAUCAAAGAAUUUUGUACUUAUUACUCUGAUCAAGCCAUUCAAAUUGCAUUCGUUUUUUGCUAGAUAAAUUAAUUCUAAAGCAUUAAAAAAAAUUCCUUACUAAAUCUUCUAUAAAGAAAUUAAAAUGGAUUUAUAAAUAAAAAUAUCAUUCGAAAAAAAGAAGAUGAUUAAAAUCUUUGACGUGCCUUAAAAAUAUUAUCAAAUAAAUUAAUUUAAAGUGAAUAUUGUAAAUAUCAAACAAAACAACCUUACAUAUCCGUAACCAUAUUUGGGUAAAAUUCUACUAUAUAUAUAUUUCCUACCUUUCUGAACAUUUACUUCUAAUUAUAAUAUAAAUAGACUGUUGCAAUUGUAAUAAAAGAAAGUAUCUUAAUUUUUUUUUCGUAUGUGGUACUUAAAAUAAUUAAUUUUCUUAGAUAAAAUAUGAGAAAUUGAUUAAGCAAUAAUUAAAUAAAUUUUUUUGUUAUAUUUUUUUUUGUCAAUGUGUAUUGUUCAAAAGUGAAAGUACUUUAAGGAUUAGUUUGAAUUUUAUUUUUAAAAAAAUUAUUAUGCAAUACAAGCAAAUUCAAAAACUAUUAUAAAAAUCAGUAUAUGAAGAUGAAAAUUAUAAAAAUUAAGCUCUUCAAAUUGUAUGAUUGACACACAAAAAAAUUGUGAAUAUUAAAAAAAUUAAAGCACAA